GAAGAGUUAAAUAUUAGUAGUAUUUAACAUGUUGAUAAAAAAAACAGGGAAAUUGCCAUUAAGAGUAAGUGCUUAUAAAUGGGAAUGUAAACAAACCACGACAAUUUUAGAAGCUGCAUUAUGUGUCUUCUUUCUAGAACUGAUUAUGGAGUUUUAAUCAGCAGAACUGAUCCGGGGCGACCAAACUACCCUUGAAGCCGGGGGUAGGAAGAAGGUGAGGGGCACGACGAAGCUGGGACGGUUGGAGAAGGUCCCGGGAGGGGCUCCUGCAAGGAACUCCAAUGCCAAAGUAAGUAGGGGAAUGAGAGUGAGUGAGUGGAGAGGUGAAGGAAUGAGAUACCUUAAUAUGGAGGAGGAGCUCUCCUUAUAUACACGAAGGGAAAUUAGGGUUGGAGCCAUGCAACGUCAUGCCUGGCUCGUACUUGGUUCAUCCUGGGCCGUUGGAUCCUCUGUUGCUCCCUGCCGCAAAGCAGUGAUCCAAUGGUCCAGGGUUCCUUGGGAUCUGUGCCUCCAACCACUAGUACCGUAGGGUGGUUGGGAUAGGUCAACCCCUACAUGGUGGGCCCGGUGAUUGUCUUGUACUCAAAAGGGGAGUCUCCUCCGUCCCAAGCGGGUCGGGAGGAGGUAGCGAUCGUUUAGUGGGUGAUCGUCCCAUUAGGUCCGCUCCGGUCGUCCGUUCAAGGGUUUCCUGGAGCGGUGGUCGUCCACGGGCGGUGGUGGCCGUUUCAUUAGGUUUCCGCCCUGGGCCUGCUCUGGUCGUCCGUGCCAUGGUUUCCCAGAACAAGAACCAAACACUCGAAAUACCGUUGCUUAAUGCAAUCAAUUAAAGUGCUUAAAUGAUUAGGUUGGCUUAUGAUUAUGACUUUAUGCUUGUCCCAAAUGUCUAAAAAGGUGUUAAUGUGGUCCAGGAAGUGACAAUUAUUAAUCUUAAAAUGCAAUCGUCCAAACAAUACAAGCCACGAAAAAACAUUUCAGAGACACGAACUUUUAAAACAUGAUGCAAAGAGGGAGGGAGGAACUUUGUAUUCAGAUCUCUCACAGAGUCACAGUACAUCUAACUUACAUGCUACUCACAGUCUCAAAAACACUAAUAUAGUAUAGCAUGAAAAUAAGCUGAGAUUCAAAUUCCCCUAUAUAUGUAGGGCUCCACUAGGGGUUUCCGGAUAUCUCCUAGCGCAGGAGAAUGAUUCUCAUUUACAUUCCUAAUGAACAUUUUACAUUCUCAAUGCGGUAGAAGUAGAACAAUUCUAAAUUUUACAUAUUUUAUAGUUUCUCCCCAUAUUUUUUUUUUCUUUCAAAUCACAUCACUUAUUUUACCAUUUACUUUUUUUUUAUUCUCUUUUAAAGUGUAUACAUCUUAGGUUCACAAAUAACUCCGGGAACUAAGUAGUCGUGACGUAGCGAUUUCCUAAUCAAGCGAUUAAAUAAGGAAGAAACUUUUUCCUCAAUGCAGGUUCCUAAAACACUCCAAAAAGCUCUUAGUGAUUGCUAUUGAAGAGUUUGUAUCGAAAUGAUGACUACUAACUAAGCUCUAUGAAAAUGGAUAAAAAAAGACUUAAAUUAAUUAAAAAUAAAGGACAUAAAGCUAAAUAAAUAAAGUUUUUGAAAAGUAAAUGAAACUUAAAGACCUAUUUGGGUUACAUUAAAAUGAACCAGUUUUCUUUGUACCAAAAAAAAAUCUCUUCCAUUCCAUCCAUUCAUUCAUACAAGGGCAAAACCGUCAUUGAGGAUAGAAGCUUCCAAUAAGCCUUUAGAUAACCUUCUCACUGUAACACAGGUUUCUCUUUAGCCAUGGCUUGCUCUCUUCACCAAAACCCCUAUUUCCUUAAACCCCUCCGCCCCUCUGCAACUCCAACCACCACGACCCCUCGGCGGAGCUCCGUUCAGGUCCGGUGCGGCGGACCACGUUCACAGCGUGGACCACUGGUGAAAGGCCGCAUCCUAAGCAUCGAAGCAAUCCAAGCCAUUCAAACCCUCAAACGCAUCCAACGAACCAACCCUCCCAACCUCACCCACCUCCUCUCCAACACCCUCACCCGCCUCAUCAAAUCCGACCUCCUCGCCACGCUCCGGGAGCUUUUACGCCAGCAGCAAUGCACGCUCGCCUUGCAAGUCUUCUCCGCCCUCCGAUCCGAGUACGGCGCUGAGCUCUCCCUCUACGCUGAUAUGGUCCAGGCGCUCACCGUUGCCGGAAUGAACGACGAGGUGGACCGUUUGAUACUCGACAUUGUUGGGGGCGGGAUUAUUCAGGUUGAUGAUACCAAGGGGCUUCUGAGUUUGAUCAAGGCACUCAUUGGAGCUCAGAGGAGGGAAUCGUUGGUCACGGUUUAUGAGUUAAUGAAGGAGAGUGGGUGGGGCUCUGGUGUUGAGCCUGAUGAGUAUGUGGUUAAGGUUUUGGUUAAUGGAUUGAAGAAUUUCGGGGAAUUGGAUCUUGCUCAACAGAUUCAAGAUGAAUUUGACAGGUUUUAUAAUGCCAAAUCUGACAAUUUUGUAAAAUUUUGAUCAUGUUGGAACUAGAUACAGGACAAUCUAUUUAUUGAGUCACAAUUUGUAGUCUCUGUAAUGUAGGAAAAUUAUCAAAACUGAAAUCCAAAUUUGGGUAAUGGUCACAUUUCACUAAUUUGUUCCUUACAUAAAUCUUGUAUAUUAGACAUUUAGACUCAACACAGGGUGGUGCACUUGGUCGAAUGGAUUCAUUAAAUCCUCUAUGAGGAUGGGGACUCUAGGUGUGAAACGGAAAUGUAUAGAAUCCAUGUAUGAGAAUAAUGUGAAAUCUAGAUUGUGUAAUAUGGAUUUGCACCAUGUUGUGAUUUGUGAACAUUAUAAUGAGUACUUUUGAGAAUAUUUCAGA